AUGGAAAGAAAGAAUCAAACAACUCUGGAAAAAUUCAUCCUUGUGGGACUGUCAGAUGAUCCUAAAGUCCAGAUCUUGCUCUUUGUUAUAGGACUGUUGAUCUAUGUACUCACAGUAGCAGGGAAUCUGGCCAUCAUUCUUUUGAUACAAGUUGACCAGCAUCUCCACACUCCCAUGUACUUCUUGCUCAACAAUCUGUCUUUUACUGAGAUUUGUUAUAUCACCACCACCAUGCCAAAGAUGUUAUGGGAUCUCUUGUCAGGGGACAAGACCAUCUCCUUUGCUGGCUGUGCUGUCCAAAUGUAUUCCUUUCUAACCACAGCUGCCACGGAAGGUGUGAUUCUUUCUGUCAUGGCCUAUGACCGCUACGCUGCCAUUUGCCAUCCAUUGCACUAUACCAUGCUUAUGAGCCAGCCGACAUGCAGAUGGCUUCUGGCAGCUUCAUGGGUAAUUGGAAAUCUCAAUGCCGUUGUCAAUACAACCUUUGUCUUCUCCCAGAACUUCUGUGGACCCAACAAAAUUGUGCAUUUCUUUUGUGACAUCCCACCUGUCCUGCAUCUUUCCUGCUCUGAUACUUCCCUUGCUGAGACUGGGACUUUCAUUGUUUCUGGCAGCAUUUUGAUAACAACUCUCACCCUGAUCGUCUUCUCCUAUUUCCUUAUUGUUUCAGCUGUGCUCAAAAUUCAUUCAGUUCAGGCUAGAAUCAAAACAUUCUCCACCUGUGCCUCUCAUCUUACUGUGGUAAGCAUCUUCUACAGUUCUGCCAUCUUUACCUACAUGCGUCCCUCCUCCAGCCACUCCAUGGGAGAGGACAGCCUGAUCUCUAUAUUGUAUACCAUCAUCACUCCUUUCCUGAACCCUCUCAUCUACAGCUUCAGAAACAAGGAAAUGAAAUCAGCAUUGCUGAAUGUUCUUGGAAAGAAAAUGCAUUGUGUAUUCUGA